AUGGCAGAAAUACCAGAGUCUGUGACCACGAAUGGCGCCGCUCCCACUGGCGAUUCCUCGGGACAAAAGAAGAAGAAAGAGAUGAUUCUCAAUGCCUUCGUCAUGAACACGCCGGGCCAUCUCGCGCCUGGGCUGUGGCGCCACCCUCGCAACAAGACGGACCAGUACAAGAAGCUGUCCUUCUGGACGGAUCUGGCCCAGCUGCUCGACCGGGCCAACUUCCACGCCAUGUUCAUCGCCGACACACUGGGGCCCUACGACGUCUACAAAGGUCCGGCGAACGUGGUGCCCGCACUGUCGUCGGGCGCGCAAUUCCCCGUGAACGACCCCCUGUAUUUGGUCCCGGCUAUGGCGGCCGUUACGAAGAACUUGAUCUUCGGGGUGACGGCCAGCCUGACCUACGAGAAGCCCUACGCCCUGGCCAGAAGGCUGUCUACCGUCGACCAUCUCAGCGAAGGCCGUCUGGCGUGGAAUAUCGUCACUUCGUAUCUGGACAGCGCCGCGCGGAACCACGGCUUGAAGGAACAGAUCCCCCACGAUGAACGCUACGCCAUCGCCCAUGAAUACAUGGAGGUGGUAUAUAAACUGUGGGAGGGCAGUUUCCGCGACGAUGCCGUCCUCGCGGACAAAGACGCCGGUGUCUACAUCGCUGCGGACGCCGUCCGGCAAAUUAACCACAAGGGCAAAUACUUCGAGGUGCCAGGGCCGCAUUUCUGCGAACCGUCGCCACAGCGCACGCCCUUCUUGUUCCAGGCAGGUGUAUCCGAGGCGGGGAAUGGAUUUGGAGGCAAGCACGGCGAAGCAAUCUUCGUCGGUGGUCAGACGCCAGAAGUGACCCGGCUUACCGUCGAAAAUAUUCGCAAAGUCGCUCAAAGCGAGGGACGUGACCCGAACCACAUCAAGGUCAUUGUGGGUAUCAACGUGAUAGUGGCACCUACCGACGAGGAAGCGUACAAGAAGAGGGAAGACUACUUGAAGUACGCCGACCAUGAAGGCGCUCUGGCUCUGUUUGGAGGAUGGACCGGAGUCGACCUCUCAGGCUACUCGGACGACGAGGACUUCAACUUGUCUGACUCUCCACGGGUCCGCUCAAUUGUGCGGCGGUGGUCGGCUACUGUCCCCGGCACCGAUAGCUUACCCUGGACGAAGAGACGGAUCGUGGAAUACCUCAGUGUAGGCGGACUCGGGGCAAAGGUCAUCGGAAGCCCGACCACGGUGGCCGACGAACUGGAGCGCUGGGUGGAGGUCUCCGGGGUGGACGGAUUCAAUCUCGCUCAUAUCGCCAAUCCCGGGACCUUUGAGGAUAUCAUCGAAUACUUGUUGCCGGAGCUACAGCGCCGCGGGCUCUUUAGAUCUGCGGUGGACAAGGAAGGUGCCACAGCGAGAGAGGUCUUCCUGGGGACGAGAAGGCUGCCCGAUGAUCACCCGGGCUCCAAGUACAAAUGGGCUGCUGGCGACAAACUUCCCAAAUAUCAGGUUGAGGAGACUGUUUCAGUUGCUGCCUGA